CUCAUUUAUUUUUCCGUCGCGGUCAGCAGAUUGUGUGCUACGGCCAGCUAAUUCGUGCGAUUGACUGCAGUGUCCAUAGGGGCUCCGGCACGACGGAACAGAGCUAGUGGACUUCCGUUGGAAUCGAUUCGGUAGUGUUUUCCGGUUAACUCGUGUCGGUCAAAUCAAACAAGUCGGAAAAGAGGGAGUGAAUUCCGAAAGCAGUAUUUUUUUUUUCUUCUAAGGUGGUGUCAAAAUUUCCUGAUCGGAAGCAGUAAAAGGAAAGGAAGGGAAAAAAAUUUAUCCGGUUUUGGUUGUGUUGGGGUUCCCUUCUCUUGUGGUCUUUAGUUUUAAGUGAGUUUGAAGUCGGUUCCCUUGGGGUUUCGGUCCAAAAGUCGGAAAUAGGAUAUCCAGCAGAGAUGGCCGCAAUGAGGGCUGUAAAAUUAAUGGUGUUCAACUAUUUGAUGGUUGUCUACAUUUUCUACAACCCCACCGACAGCGGAGCGGUGCAACUCAACAGUGAGAACCUGGAUAUGACAUUAGCUUCUAAUGAACUAGUAUUUAUGAAUUUCUACGCCGAAUGGUGUAGAUUUAGUAACAUCCUGCAGCCCAUCUUCGAUGAAGCUGCUGAUAAGGUGCGGGAACUGUUUCCGGAUGGCGGCCGAGUCGUCAUGGGCAAGGUCGACUGUGACAAGGAGAACUCGGUGGCUUCGCGGUUUCACAUCUCCAAGUAUCCGACGCUGAAGGUGAUCCGAAAUGGGCAACCGACGAAGCGCGAAUACCGGGGUGCACGGACGGUCGAUGCGUUCGUCGAUUUUAUCAAGAAGCAGCUGGAGGAUCCCAUCAAGGAGUUCCAUCAUCUGAAGGAUCUAGAACAGCUGGACACCAAGAAGCGCAUCGUGGUCGGUUAUUUCGAUCGAAGGGAUCAGGUCGAGUACAACACCUUCCGACGGGUGGCCACCAACCUGAAGGAGGACUGCGUGUUCCACGUGGGCUUCGGUGAAACUGUGGCGGCCAUGCAUCCCCCAGGUCACCCGAUCAUCGUGUUCCGGCCGGAUGUGGCCGUUUCCGAUGCCAAUGACGAGACCUUCACCGGAAACAUGAAUAACUUUGACGAACUCAACAUUUGGGUGCAGGAAAAGUGCGUCCCCCUGGUGCGGGAAAUAACCUUCGAGAAUGCCGAAGAGUUGACCGAGGAAGGUUUGCCGUUCCUGAUCCUGUUCCACACUCCGGAAGAUACCCAAUCGAUCAAGGACUACAAAACGAUUAUCGAAACGCAGCUGAUGUCGGAGAAGCAAAACAUCAACUUCCUGACGGCCGACGGCAAGCAGUUUGCCCAUCCGUUGCACCAUCUGGGCAAGAGCAUGUCGGAUCUGCCGCUCAUUGCCAUCGAUUCGUUCCGGCAUAUGUAUCUGUUCCCGAACUACAAGGACAUCUUUGUGCCCGGCAAGCUGAAGCAGUUCCUGCAGGAUCUGUACAGCAGCAAGCUGCAUCGUGAAUUCCACUACGGACCGGACAAAACCGAGGACAACACCGUCGAGGUGAUCAUCAACCAGGACCCGAAGAAGCCGACCACCCCGCCAGAAUCGACGUUCAAAAAUCUGGGACCCUCGAACAAGCGAUACACCCUGCUGAAGGAUGAGCUGUAAGGUGCACGACGACCAAAACUACCUAUUCCUUCCUAAUUGGCUGGAUUGACUAUGAUAACCGGAACGACUUAUUUGGUUGGUCGCGUAACCAAUGACGGGUUAAACCGGUCAGUUAUGACCAUCAUAGUGUUUUUUCCUAUUCGUUUAUUUUUUCGUUGUAAAAAAUGUCUUUUUCCAAUUGAAAAGUCCAAUAUAAGAUUAAAAGAAAUAAAAUGGAAAAAAUUUGUAUUCUCAAAAACCCCAAUCGUCCAAAACCUAUACAAUUAAUUCCAAUCGGCGCUAGUGAAAAAAGUUGAGUUGAGUGUAGCAUAUGUUGAUCGUUUAGAUUUUCUCAAGCAAUUUAGAUAAAACAAUUCCUUUGUUAAUCCUACUUUUUUCCAAAUUUCUACCUUCAACAAUAUUUAUCAAGCUUGCCUAGCUAUUUAUUGAAGCCUGACCACCCUGACAAAAGUAACCCACUAACGAGGAACAUUCUAAAUGAAGUGAAGUUUGCAACAAAAACUGUCCUAUAUAAAGUGUAGCACUUUGUGUUUGAGUAAGGAUAAUCCGGAGAAUAAUAAAGAAAUCGUGAAUGAAUCGCCGAAUGAUUGCUGGUGCGUUUCCGUAUUUUAAACUUGCAGUCGCCUAUUGUAAACAGACCUUUUCCGAUUAAUAAAUAGUACACACGAAAUAAAAAAAAAAGUAAUAGUUACAACAAUCAUCAAACUAGAAGAAGAAAAAACAGUAGAACGAAAACCAAAUCAAUUUAACUACAUCCUUUAAUAAAUCAAUAGAUUAUAACGAAACGAAAACAAAAAUGGCUGCUGGAAGUGGAAGAAUCAGGUUUUUAAAGCUUCGACUGAUGUAACAUUCAACAAAUCAUUGUAGGUACUAUUUCGUUUGAAAAAUUGCAGCAGUAUGAUUGCGAAUUGAUGAUGACGAUUAAUUUCGAUUUGUGGUACACCUACGAACAGAAAGUCUGUAUAAAAAUAGGAUUAACAUAACGAAGGUAAAUAAAUAAAAAAAAAAGUGAGUUUA